UGCAACAGGAUCGCUGGCGCUGCGGCUUGGGGAGGCGGCCCUCCCGAGAGCGGCGGCCGCGGAGACACCCAGCCCUAACCCCCGGCUCCCGGGCCGCUCGGCUCCCUGCGCUGUAGGGCCGGCGGAGAGGGAAGCGGCCGAACGGCUUGAGGCUGGGGGCCCGCGGGCGCGGCCGCGUGCCGCGGGGAGGGAGGCUGGGGGGCCGUGGCCGGGGCCGCGCCCGCGCCCCGGAGCGCGUCGGAGGCCGGGGUCGGGGCGCGGCGGCUCCCCGCGCGGCUCCAGGGGCUCGGGCACCCCGGCAGAGCCCUGGUGGGGCCAUGGCAGCCGGGAGCAUCACCACGCUGCCGGCCCUGCCGGAGGACGGCGGCAGCGGCGCCUUCCCGCCCGGCCACUUCAAGGACCCCAAGCGGCUGUACUGCAAAAACGGGGGCUUCUUCCUGCGCAUCCACCCCGACGGCCGAGUGGACGGGGUCCGCGAGAAGAGCGACCCUCACAUCAAACUACAACUUCAAGCAGAAGAGAGAGGGGUUGUGUCUAUCAAAGGAGUGUGUGCGAACCGUUAUCUUGCUAUGAAGGAAGAUGGAAGAUUACUGGCCUCUAAAUGUGUUACAGAUGAGUGUUUCUUUUUUGAACGACUGGAAUCUAACAACUACAAUACUUACCGGUCAAGGAAAUACUCCAGUUGGUAUGUGGCACUGAAACGAACUGGGCAGUAUAAACUUGGACCCAAAACAGGACCUGGGCAGAAAGCUAUACUUUUUCUUCCAAUGUCUGCUAAGAGCUGA